GUUGUGAAAUGGCUUUAUUAUUCCCAAUGCGCUCCAAGCACAUCUUCGCCGAGGUAACACCCUCCAUGUCCAUGUCCCUACAAUCAUUCACCAUCUGUCUGUGGGCCAAAGUGACUCAGUCACUGAAUAAAACAGUGCUUUUCUCUUACGGAACCAAGAAAAACCCUCAAGAACUCCAGCUUCUUUUGGCAAGACACUCGGUGCUCCUCACAGUGGGUGGUGAGACCCAUCUAGUGGAAGCUCACAGCGUAGUAACAGAUGGGCAGUGGGGACACUUCUGUGCAGCUUGGAGCUCAGAGCAGGGGUUGGCCACUUUGUGGGUGAACGGAGAGAACGUUGCCAAAGUGCCUGGAGUAGCCGAAGGGCACGUACUGCCCGGUAAUGGGUUCAUUCUGCUCGGGCAAGAACGCAGCCGGUCGGGUAUCUACAGAGAUCUGGACUCAUCGGUUGCCUUCACUGGAAAAAUGACAGGGGUGAAUAUGUGGGACCACAUGCUGGAAGCAGGGAGGAUUAAAGAGUACGCCAAUCAAGACGGAUACUGUGAUAGCCGUGGGAAUGUGAUUGGAUGGGGUGUUUCAGAGAUCAUUCCACAUGGUGGCGCUCAAUAUAUCAACUGAGACUGCACCAACAUACAUCACAAUACAAUCUUGUACAUUAAGUAAUAUUACAUUGUAUACCAUCAAUGAUUUUCUAUUUACCUUCUUUUUCAUUCCAAAUAAAAAGGAUUUGUUCUCCCAAAACUGAAAAUUUGCUGUGUGUUUAUACACCCUGAGGCCAUCCAAGAUAUAGGUUUC